UUGAUGAAUGAAAUGAAUGCCACUGUGAUGUGAGUCUGUCUGUCACCACACCUUCCUUGUUCCUUUCCAACUCUUCCUCUUACUAUUCAAAUCCCAUUUUUUUUAUUUACCUCAAAAACACUCUCCUCUCUCUCUCUCUCUCUCUCUCUGAACAGCUGUGCUGGAUAUUGUGAUCUUUAAGGAACAAGUCUCUACAACAUGGGAGUUUGUUUGAGUGCUCAAAUUAAAGCUGAAAGUCCUUAUAACACUGGGUUAAAUUCAAAGAGUGCAGGUUCAAUUGGAAAUGAUCUGAGCAGCACAAACAACAGUAAGGAUUCAGCUGUAUCAGUGCCUCAGACUCCUCGAAGCGAGGGCGAGAUCUUGCAGUCAUCCAAUUUAAAGAGUUAUACCUUAGCAGAACUUAAGGCAGCAACUAGAAAUUUUCGUCCCGAUAGUGUGUUGGGAGAAGGUGGUUUUGGAUCAGUUUUUAAGGGUUGGAUUGAUGAGAAUUCAUUGGCUGCUACCAAACCUGGCACUGGUAUUGUUAUUGCUGUUAAAAGACUUAAUCAAGAUGGUUGCCAAGGUCACAGGGAGUGGUUGGCUGAAGUCAACUAUCUUGGACAGUUUUCUCAUCCUCAUUUAGUGAGAUUGAUCGGUUAUUGCCUUGAAGAUGAACACCGACUUCUCGCUUAUGAGUUUAUGCCUCGUGGAAGCUUGGAGAAUCACUUGUUCAGGAGAGGUUCAUAUUUUCAACCUCUUUCUUGGAGUCUCCGUCUAAAGGUUGCUCUUGAUGCUGCCAAAGGGCUUGCAUUUCUGCACAGUGCUGAAACAAAAGUGAUAUAUAGAGAUUUUAAGACUUCAAAUAUCUUGUUGGAUUCUGAUUAUAAAGCAAAGCUUUCUGAUUUCGGGUUGGCAAAGGAUGGUCCAACAGGUGACAAAAGCCAUGUCUCCACCAGGGUAAUGGGAACUUAUGGAUAUGCAGCUCCUGAAUAUCUAGCAACAGGUCAUCUAACUACUAAGAGCGAUGUCUAUAGUUUUGGAGUUGUCCUGCUCGAAAUGUUGUCCGGUAAGAGGUCAGUUGACAAGAAUAGGCCAUCUGGACAACACAACUUGGUGGAAUGGGCUAAACCAUAUCUAGCUAACAAACGUAAGAUUUUCAGCGUGUUAGACAGCCGGCUCGAAGGGCAAUAUUCAACCGAUGAGGCCUACAAGAUAGCCACCCUUGCUUUGCGAUGCUUAUCAACAGAAUCCAAGUUCAGGCCCAACAUGGAUGAAGUUGUUAUAACUUUGGAGCAGCUGAAAGUUCCUAAUCUGAAUGCAGGCAGUCAAAAGCGUGCUCGGAGAAAAAGUGCUGAUGAUGUUAGCCAUGCUCGGAGAAAAAGUGUUGAUGGUGUUAACCGUCCGAAGAUUCCCACAACGUAUCCCCGUCCCUCGGCAUCUCCUCUCUAUGCUUGAAAUUGCAGAUACACAACCUUCAAACUUGACAGAACUGUACAUAUCAUAUUUCAGCUAAUAUAUUCAGAACCAAGCUUCUCUGUCAAGUGUUUGUAACUAGUAAAAGUAGCUGGUAAGAUAGGUACUUAUGUAUAAUUGCUAUGUUUAGCACAUUUUUGUUAUAGUCUUGUAUUGACAUGUUGUGGUUUUUCCUAAUCUAUUUUGUAACACAUUGUUGUCGGCUUCCGUAUCAAACAUAUAAUAAAUAAUUUAAAGGCUGAUGCUAUAUUCUAUUUGUAUUCUUCUAA